UCGAACGCGUAAGGCAUACCCGUAACAAUCAUAUCGCAAGCGGCAACGACCACAUCGUUCGGUAGGCAUGGAUAAUGUGUAGACCGGAUUUCAUAUUUCUUUGUAAGAUGUUACAGGAUAUUUGAAAAAUCUGGAUAAUCCAUUCAUCUUGACACGAAAAAAAUGAAGAGCUUUUUCACAUCGGUGUUUAUACUAGCUAUAAUAGUUGUUGGUGCCAGGUGUGCAACACCCACCGUCAUGUCUGUGCAAGCCAAUGCCACUGGCGAAAACAACGGGGGGAAAUUUUGUCCGCAGUUGGACGAUGGUGUCAAUAUUACCUGUCUAAUUGACCAUGGUGUUGGAACUGGUCAAAUGUGGAUGGAACCAGAUGGAACCAACCCUGCUUGUGUCAGCUACGCAUAUGCUCAAUCCGGGUAUCAAACAAUUCAUUUAUAUUGUUCCGUUGACAAUACGUUCUUUUAUGAAAACAAAACUUUGUAUGUCGGAGAAGAAAUAGAUGGGGUGACAGUUGGAGACGAAAAUGGUGGCUCCCUCAUACCAAUGCCAAUGUCUGCCACACUUUACGUAACAUACGUUAACGGAAGUGAUGUCAACGUAGAAAUCUUCAGCAACACAACCAAUACUGUAUUCUUAAGCACCAACGUCACCAACAGUAGCUCAACACACAAUAUCACCGCUGCAGACGUUAACAAUCAACUUGGUAUGCAUUCUGUGCGUAUAACUCUCUCUAAUCCCAUUUCAUCUGUGGUACGUUGGGUGGUUAUUGCUCACGAGGAAGAAAUCACUGGAUUCAACUUUAGUGGGCUCAUUCAACCAAUCAUGCACGUUGGUGAUGAAGUGGAAUUCAAUUUUACACUCUCCACGGGAAGUAGCGUGUCAGUUGCAACAGAAGUAAGCAAUUCAUUAAUUGUGCAAAAAUGUGAAGGUGUCCUCCGAACAUAUUCUUACGUGUAUGUUUUGAAUGAAACAGGUUCAUAUACAGUUGUACUGACCCUUUCGAACUUUGUAUCCACAUUUAAUUGGACGUACGAUAUAACAGUGCAAUAUCCCGUUCAUAAUAUAACAAUUGACCAAGUUAAAAAUAAAAUGAAAGGUUCGACAGACACCUGGGUUGUUACACUUCCAGCCGGAACAUUGUUUCCAAUGGGAAAUCUGUUUGCAGUUAUUGAAGAAGACGGGGUCCAGAAGGAUAACGUCAGCUUGACUUUGUCACCGGGCUCUUCUCAGAACAUUCCAAGAACUUAUCCAAACGCGGGUUAUUUCAAUAUUACUGUCACAAUUCAUUCCGAAAUCAGCGAAAUGAUAUUCUCGUGGAUACAAGUGGUUGAAAACGAACUCUCUUUAGAAUUGUUACAUUUAGACAGAGUUCCAACUUCAGAAUCCCAACAAGAGCUCGUUUUACGCAUAAAUGAUUCAAACAAUUCACCAUUGUACAAGCUUAACUGUACCCUAGAUGUAGAUGGCGAAGUUUCUGUUCUUGACAUCCCAGAAUUUAAUUUUGGUUCAAAUGAGACAUUUAAUUACCGAUACGUUGGCAUUGGAAACAAAACGGUAACCGCGAACUGUUCCAACACAUUACGAAACUGGGUAUACACAAAAAUUGUUGAGGUUUACACCGACUGCUUUGCUUCUGCAGAUUUUUUCAGUACUUCUCUGAAGAGCGUAUCCACUCCUAUGAAGGUGUCCAUUACACAAAUUGUUCAGAUCACAGCAAAGGUAGAAGUGUCCGAUUUAUGCAAGAACAGUUCCCGCACAUAUUGGUGGGAUUUCUAUGACGUUCCUCAUAACGAUCCCUCGAACCCGGAAUUGCGCGAGUAUUACAACAAUACUGCAAAUCAACCUAAUGGAGUGACUAUUACUUUUGCAAAAGAAGCCAUUGAAGCAGGCUUGAAGAAGCUAGUGCUGAGAGUCAAUUUGACCGACCAAGAAGGGGGUGUCCUUGAAGACUUCAUAUACGUGAAUUUCAUCACUCCCCCUGUCGUGGCACAAAUCGUUGGUGGUUCCGAAAUCACACAUGGGCAGGAAGAUAUUCUGACAGUGGAUGCCACGACAUCCAGGGAUCCAGUGCAACUAUAUGUUGACCAGCCAUUCAAUUUCACUUGGCAAUGUUUCAACAUCUCUUUUUCAGAGUUGUCUGAUUUGACCAAUUUUAUGGGUAAAUUUAAAACACCCAACGAGACAAACCCAGUGUGGCCAGCUUGUCUGACAACAGCCUCACUCACGGAAGGUAAAAUCACGAUACCUUCGACAGAACUUGAGGCUGGCUAUUAUUAUCUUUUUAUUGUGACAGUGGAGAAAUUAAAUGUAACUUCAGCAGGUUUGCCAGUACGGAGAAAUGAUUCAGUUUUUCAGGCAGUAGAAAUCGUUCCAUACGACCCACCAAAAGCUGAGUUGAUAUGUUUGCGAAACUGUAUGCAGAAAAUCAACAGAAAUACUGUAUCUAGUUUUGAAGUGAAAUGCUCGAAUUGCGAUUCGAACACGCUCUAUGAAUGGGAUUUUGAAGAAUAUAGUAACACUGGCAAUUUUUCAUCUCUAUUAAACGGUGCAGAAGGGCGAGAAAAGUAUAUAGAAACACAAACGCCUGGAAUGAGUUAUUUGGCAAUAAAGAAAGACGUUGUACCAGAUGGGCAGCAGCUUAGAAUAAAAUGUAACGUAACUUUGAAUGGGAAAACUGCAAUCGUUUCAAAAAUAUUUUCUGUGAAUUUUUCGCCGAGAGGAGGAACUUGUGAAAUCAUUCCUGAAAUAGGUGAAGCAAGCAUUACUUACUUUGAAAUCAAGUGUAAAGACUGGAAAGACGAGGAGGAUAGAAAUAUAAUGGACGACGCAGUGGAUGUGUCCGCUCCACUGACAUAUAAGAUUUACCAAUACAGCCUUCGAAAUGGAACUCUUGUCACAUCUUAUCUUGGAGAGUCAACUGAACCUCAUGCCAAAGCUUACCUUGGAAUAGGAGAUCCUAGCAAUAAUUACAACAGUAGCGUUACUAUUUAUAUCUACGAUAAAUACAACGGAGUGGUGGCGUAUACUCGACCAGUAACGGUCAAUAAUCCCCUUGCAACUCAUACAUUCCCAAAUGACUCGACUAUAGAUAAUUAUUACCAGAAAGUCAUGGAAGAUUUACAAAAAACCGGGAGUCCAGAACUUUUAAUGAUAUCAGUUGAACCUAUUAUUUCUGUACUUACGGACUUUACGAUUGUUGCGAAUGACUCGUACCCGGAUGUGGAAGUCAAUAAGGUUCCUAAGGAUUGGAACUCCGGCCUGAUUGACCUCCAAGAGGUUAAUGGAACACAGGUCAUGGCUACUUAUGACGCAAUGCUUGAAGAUAUUCUGCAACAAUCACAAAAUCGUUAUCAGGUGAAAGUACAAGAGACGUUGACUAACCUCACGCAGAUCAUGUUAGACCAGCUACAAAGAACAAAUUCCAGCACAUAUUCUUGGGUAGAAACAGCCUCAAUCUCGUUCGGCAAUGCCCUGAUGAAGAAAGAUUUCAUUUCAGAGGAAUCAGUGGUACAUGCUUCACAGGCCUUAAAACAACUUACUGGUGCCUUCUCAAAUCUGACUGCUCGCCAGUACCACGGCGAUGACUCCAUUUUUACCAGCAGCAGUUCCUCCAUGGAACAAGCUGCUUCUGGUAUAAUGCAACUGAUGGACUCUCUUGUGAUAAAUGCUGUCCCUAACGAUCUUGCCAACACCUCUGACACCGUCGUGGCAGCGACUGAUACUGCUUCGUCCCGACUCUACGUCAACUAUCUGUUUGCUCUGAAUGAAGAUGCGGCGUAUGAAUACACUGAAAACGGUACUUUGACUCCAGAAGAGAGAGUGGGUAUGUUCUACAUGAAAUCCAGGAUAUCGCAGAUUGAACUCGAAAAGAAACGAAGAACAAGUGAAGAGUCGGGCAGAGCAUUAAAUGAUGCAAUAGAAUCUUUAACAAAAUCGAUGAUGUCGGUUGAAUGCACUGGUUGUACUCGUACCUACAAGAAGGCAAAUAUGGAAGUAUACAUUCAAAAGGACACCGUCGGUAUUUUAGAGUCAACCAACAGAACAUCGGACAGUUUCAACCUGUCUUUCAGCUUUGGAGGUCUUCCAAAAGACACAUUUGUUCAAUUUUCUGCGACUGAGAUGAAAAACAAUAUAUAUUUGUACGACCACUCCAAAACAGCUGCUCUGAUUACAUCACCUGUUCAAAAGCUUUCUGCUUUUUCCCAAAAUAAUGAACAAGAUCUGUCAAUCUAUGUCGUCACUAUACAACAACCAGUGACAUCGGAUUUUAGUGACGUAAAGCUCACAGAGCCGUCUUUCAUAUCAGGAGAUGCCUCUGGGUUUUUCUACCAUACGUUCUUGUACAGAAACACAGGCGACUAUGCCUGCUUCCACAUUGUCCAGCAAUACCCAGUACUCAAUGCGAAAUAUGAUGUGUAUUUACGUGCUGAAGAUUUUCCCACCAUUUUUCAGUAUGAUGCCAAGGCGGAAGUGUCUAAGGAUAGGGACAACAUGGCGUGUAUUCCUCCGCAGAAAUUAACUUCUGUAGGAAUCAUGCAUAUGGGGCUAAAGCCCACACCCAUAUCACAUCAAACUGGCCGAAGGAAACGAGCUGCAGGUGAUGGAGGCUACAAUGGCACGGAUCCCAAGCUGAAUCCUUACCGUCUUAUGGUCGUAUCAGCCGGCUGUAAUACUUGGAAUGAAAAUACAGAAAAAUGGAGAUCAGAUUCAUGUCUGAUGGACUGGAAACCAACUCAGGGGGAAAUAUCAUGCGAUUGUACUGGCCAGAAUGGGCUCACCUUUGCAAAUUCUUUUUACGUCGCUCCAAACACCAUUGACUUUGCUACAGUAUUUCUGAAAUUUUCUCCCCAGGACCAGGCCGCUGUGUUGGCAACAUUCGUCCUUAUUUUAGUUCUUUACAUUGCGCUGAUGGUUUGGGGCCGUCACCAGGAUAAAAAAGAUAUUGUCAGGUGGGGCGUAACACCUUUGAUUGACAACUUUGUUGAUGAUACUUACUACUAUCUGAUUACUGUAUACACUGGAAUGAGACGGGGCGCGGGAACAAGGUCACGUGUUGGCUUCAUUGUGGCGGGAGAGGACGGCGAUACUGGUGUCAGAGAACUGUUUGACGGUGUUCGAACGGAAUUUAGGACGGCCAGUGUGAACCAUUUUCUAAUGGCUACCUCCCAGCCCCUGGGACCGUUGACAUACUUCUAUAUCUUCCAUGACAAUUCUGGUGAAGGAGAGUGGUCAUCGUGGUACCUCAAUCGUGUGGACGUAGAAGACCUACAAGAUAGGACCAGAUUUGUCUUCAUGUGUGGUCGUUGGCUAUCGCUGGACAACCUGGAAAGCAAUGUUGAAGCCGUUCUUCCUGUUUGUGGCCGAGAAAACGUAACAACAUUCAAGAAUAUGUUUUACAUUAACUAUAAGGAAAGUCUGGCCGAUAAUCAUCUCUGGAUCUCAAUUUAUUUCCGACCAACCAGUAGCCAUUUCACUCGAAUCCAAAGAAUCACGUGUUUGUUACUAUUUAUAAUGCUGACGAUGAUUGGUAACGCUGUAUACUUCAGGCCAGAGGACGAAUACGAAAAUCCAGAAACAGUAAAACUAGGCCCUCUGCAGUUUUCCUGGCAAACAGUAUUUAUUUCAAUAAUGAGUACAUUAAUCUCUACGCCAGCCGUUAUUCUGGUCGUCACCUUGUUCAAGAAGGCCAAACCACGAGUAACUGAUUACGAUGUCAAAGACUCAUCACUGAAAUAUUCUUUACCAGUCAUAAACAGUUUCAUGGACAAGGUCUUAAAGGAAAGUAAGGAACUUGAGCGAACAUUGGUGGCCAAAGGUGUCAUGAGCAAAGAUGGAACAAUAUUUCCGUUUUGGGUUACUUACAUUGCUUGGUUUUUGGCGCUUGCUGGAAGCUUCACUUCUGCAUUUUUUAUAAUGCUGUUCAGUAUGGAAUGGGGUAAAACAAAGACUGAAAUGUGGCUGGCUCAAUUUUUCCUCUCCUUUUUAGAAUCAGCAUGUAUUCUGGAUCCUCUAAAAGUUGUGUUAAUGGCGGCGGUAUUUGCUUUAAUAUUUCAACAAACUGAAAAAUUCCGACCAUCAGGUCUGACUCGAGAAAUUGUCUUGAAAAAUUACAGACAACGAUAUGGACAAGAACAGAGUAUACGUAUCCCUGCACCACCACUAAAUCAUUCCCUCUUAGAAAAGGCUAGAGAAGAGCGCAUGCGCGACAUUAAGAUGAUGGACUCAAUAAAACAAGUUUUCAUCACAUUGGUUUACAUAUGGAUUAUCUACAGCAUCAGUUUCAGCAAUCGUGAUACCGGAUCUUACUAUGUUCAGAAAGACAUAUCUAAUCGUCUUCUGACUCCGUCUGGAAAAGAUGUACAGAAGUUCGAAAAUGUAAAAACAACAGAACAAUACCUCGAUUGGCUUAAGCAGGUGGCGUUCCCUACCCUGUUUCCGGAGGAGGAGUACAAUGGAGAACGUCUUUACUGGAGACACAGGCAAUAUGCAUCCGGUCUAACGAAUUUCAGAGUGGGGCCUCCUAGACUCAGACAAGUGAGAGUUGUAGAAGAUGAGGAAAGUAUUCAUCCCUUCGGCAGUGUUAAAAUAUAUCCCUCAUACAGCAUUAUUAAUGAAGAGGCACGUAGUUUUUGUUUCGGAUGGUCGAAACCUCCCUGUGAUAUUGCAGCAGAGGCUUAUUCGUUUUCUUUCAAGGCCUGGAAAUACACAAAUCCAUUUGAUAUUUGGGGAGUCCCAGUUUUAGGUUAUUAUAAUUCUUACUCCGGUGGAGGGUACAUCGCAGAACUGGACGUGAAUCUUGACUUCACAAAUAGAACCAUGCAGGAAUUGACGCAAAACUUGUGGAUAGACAGGUCAACAAGAGCUGUGUUCUUUGAAUUCACUGUCUACAAUGCUGAUUUUAAUGUAUUCACUUACAGUAUGCUUGCAACAGAGUUUCCAGAAGUAGGAGGAGUAAUGACAAUGUCAACAAUAUAUCCAUUCCGACUUUAUCACCAUGUUGGACAAACAGGAUAUUACGUCAUUUUCUGCGAAGUUUGUUUUGUGUUAUUUUUGGUGGCUCAGAUUAUAAGAGUCAUAUAUUAUCUUUACAAACUUCGUUUACAAUUCUUCAAAAGUACAUGGCUCGUGUUAGACCUCGUUGGUAUAUUCUUAAGCUUCGUUGCAAUCGCUAUGUACGUGGGCAGAAUGCUUCUAGCAAACGAAACUUUUGCCAAGUUCAAAGCAGACCCAAAAGCUUUUGUCAAUUUUCAACAUAUUGCUUACUGGGAUUCACUUUUUAUUGUCCUCAUUGGGUUGUUAGUAUUUCUAGGAACAACAAGGCUUCUUGGAAUUCUGGGAUAUGACAAAAGAAUCGGACAGGUGUUCCGUGUGUUCGAUAACUGUGCUUGGGAUUUAUUGUGGUUUGGGGUCUUUUUCCUUUGCCUCUUCGUUUUUUAUGCCAUACUAGGCUACCUUUUGUUUGGACGAGACUUGGAGUCGUACUAUGACAUUUUCCAGUCACUCGGAACACUCUUCAUUAGUAUGAUCGGUAAAAGUAAAUUCAACGAAAUUAAUGAGGCCGAUCCUUUAAUGGCACAGUUCUACUUCUUUACCUAUGUUCUCUUUAUCGUGUAUUUCCUGCUGACCAUGUUCCUGGCCAUUCUGUGUGAGAGCAUUAAUGUAGUGCAUCAGAAAACCAAGCUGGACCGUUCGGAUGAACUAGUCAUGUACCUCGUCGAUAAAGUUCGAGAUUUCUUCUCGAGAAACAAAUAUGGCAAGAAAUCACAAAAAGAUUUCACCUCUAUCAUGGCGGAGCACCAAAAACCUUUGAAUUUGUUAAAGGAACUGCGGAAGGAUAUCGAUAGCGCCAUGUCUGCCUACUCCGAAAAGGAAGACAAGGACAAGCAGGAUAGAAUGAAAAAACGGGGCAAAGAGUUUUUGAAGAAAUUGGAGCAAGCAAACUAAAACAACGAGAAUACAAUGUUAAUUUGGCCAUCGGGUUUCAGAAUUAUCUAGAACAACACAAAAAUAUGAUGAAAAUCUUUAAGAAUAUGUUGAUUGACUCUUCUUGAUGUGGACAAUGUUAUGUCUAACUUUUGUUCAAAGUUGUUUGGAAUAUCUGUGAUAAUUCACUUUUGAUAUAUAUACUAAAAGUCUUCUUAAAAUCAAUUUUGUAACAUUAUAUAGUGUCACUCUUAGAAACUUAAGUGUCCUGCCUCUGUAUCCCUACCAUUUUUUACAAAAAAAAAAUUGCAAUGCAAUUAUGUUCAUGUACCUGUAUAUCUUAAAAUAAUUCUUUUACUUUUCUGGAUACAAAAAUUGAAUGCUAGUGUCAUUUUCAAACCGUGUGUGAAGAGUUGUAUUCUGAUUGACCACAAUAUCUAAAAAAAACAUCGAAACUUAUACUAGCAUUUAUUUUGUUUUAAAUCCUUAAAAAAGAUACUUUUCAUACGACAAAUGGCAUACUAAUAUAUAAAGUCGAGCCACGCUUAAUGACAAUUAAUCAUUUCUUAUGUAGAGUUUAUUUUUUAAUGAAGUUAAUCCCUUUUUCUAUCAACAGUUUUGUUGUCAAAAACCCUAUUUGAAGAAAAGAAAACACGCUUUCUGUAACAUCAUGAAUGAUUUAAAUAAUGUAUUGCUAAAGGGGCAUUGUUUAAGACCUAAAUUUAUUCGAAAUCAUAUAUACACUCGAAAUAAUGUGCGGGAACAAAAAUUGAUGGAAAACCCGCAAAUUUUAAACUCUCAAUCUCCUUUAAUGCUAAUACUGCUGAAAUUUCUCAGAUAUUUGUAAAACUGGAAAUAAUUGAAUGUAGAAAACAGACAUCUGUGUAAAAAAAGCAUUCUUCAGAGUAAAACGUUUAAGAAGGUAUGCAACAAUUGUUAAUAAUGAUGUGAUCAUGCGUUGUUGAACAUUUACAUAUAAGAAUAUUUUUGUAUUUGUUAUCUUUGUCCGUCCAUAUAUAAACAUUUCAUUAAUUAGUAAACAAGCAUGUGUGUUUAAUAAACAACAAUUAGAUACUG